AUGUACGAAGAAAUGCUACCGGAUAGACGAUGGGACAAAAGUGUCUUAUUUUUAAUUUCCGACCGAGAACCCGUUAGGAAGAAAUGCCUCUACGCGAUAAGAAGAGACGCAGGAAAGCACUUCAAGGUAACUGAAAAUACAAAGAUAUGCUCCCAGCAUUUCAGGAAAGGUUAUAUUAGAAAUGUCUCGCGGUCAAAAAUGAAUUAAGAGAUGGAGUUGUCCCUUCUGUGUUUUCAUGGAUUCGAACACCGCCACGCAAAGGAAAGGAGCCGGCGGAAAGAAACUUCGAGCUGACAGCUUCGAAAAGUGCAUCACGAAAAUUGUCUACCCCUGCUGUUGUUCUUGAAGAAUUAUCAAAUGAAUCGUCAAACGAAUUAUCAUACGAAAUGGUCCCAGAUCUACCAGAUUGUAGCUUAAAAGUCGAAGACGAAACACAAACUGAUUUUACCGAGCAGGAGGCCUACUUGAGAGAAAUUAUUGACAACAAUAACAAGAAGAUUCAUAAACUCGAACAGGAAAUUGAGGAACUUAAGCGCCAACUGCAAGAUACCCAGCGGCAACGUGAUGCUUUUAAUAAAAGAUUGUUUAACUUUGAAAACUGUAAGUCAAAAGAUUCCAAUGCUGCUUUUUAUACUGGAUUUCAAAGCUGGGAGACUUUAAUGGCUGUUUUUGAGUAUCUUUAUCAUUUCCUACUGGCGGUCAAAAACUGA